UAGUGUAAUAUACAAAACAAAAUAUAUAAAUAAUAUAUUAUAUAUCGUAAACAUUAGCAAUUUUUAAACGCAAUAAACAAACGCCAAAGUAGCUGUUUUAUUUUCAACGACAAUUUUGAUGUUUUAAUUUGAACGAGACUUUAUUAAAUAUGAAUAUAGUGUAGUGAUAUUGGUAGUAGAUAUAUUGGGAUAUAUAAUUUAUAUAAAUAGGGGGGUAUAACAAAAUGCUGACAAUGUCCACUUUAAUGAUGCCGGCUGCCACCAUGACCACGAUGACCAACGCUGGGCCUAUUCCUGUAGCCGCCACCACAAAAUUGGAGCCAGCGAAACUCUUGCAGCUCCCUCAUCCAGCUCUGAUGCAGCAGAUCCCGCAGCAGUCACAGCCUCAGCAGCACCAUCAUCAACAUCCGCACAACAAUAACAAACUUGAGCACUACCACAUCUUCGUCGGGGACUUAAGUCCAGAAAUCGAGACCCAAAGCCUGAGGGAUGCGUUCGCACCAUUUGGUGAAAUAUCAGAUUGCCGCGUGGUGAGAGACCCACAAACACUGAAAUCCAAGGGCUAUGGAUUUGUUUCGUUCCUGAAAAAAACUGAGGCCGAGUCGGCUAUCACCUCGAUGAACGGACAAUGGCUGGGGUCCAGGUCAAUCCGCACCAACUGGGCGACGAGGAAACCUCCAGCACCUAAGAAUGAGCUGAACUCGAAGCCGUUGACCUUCGACGAGGUCUACAACCAGAGUUCCCCGACCAACUGCACCGUGUACUGCGGCGGUCUGACCACCGGCCUCACCGAGGAGCUGAUGCAGAAGACCUUCCAACCCUUCGGCACCAUACAGGAGAUUAGGGUCUUCAAGGACAAGGGCUACGCUUUCAUCAGAUUCUCGACGAAAGAGAGCGCCACCCAUGCCAUCGUGGCUGUCCACAACACGGACGUCAAUGGACAGCCUGUGAAGUGCUCGUGGGGGAAGGAGUCAGGGGACCCCAAUAACGCACAGGCUCAGGGACAGCUUGGGGGUACUGCAUACAGCCCCUUCGGUGCAGCAUACACGGCUGGCGGGGUGCCCCCUACCUCCUACUGGUACAACACUUACCCCCAACAGCUGGGGGGGUUCCUGCAAAGCGUUCAGGGGGUCCAGGGGUACUCCUAUGCAGGCCAGUUCGCAGGAUACCAGCAGCAGUACAUGGGGAUGGGGGGAGUGCAGCUCCCGUGGGCGAUUGGCGGGGGCGUGGGCGGGGUGGGGUCGGUGGGGGGCGUCGCCGCCAUGUCUCAGCCCCCUCAGGUGCUCCACUACCCCGUACAACACUUCCAGGUUCAGCCCUCUGAACGGAACUUCCAGAUCGGUGAAGAUGAGUGGCUGGCCCCUAGUCUACUCGUGUGAGGUCAACGCACCGCACCGCCCGAGCCGCCCUGCUGCUGUUUGCACAAAGACUGGGUGUGAACUGGUCGCUUCUGUGCACACUCGCUAUUUAUUUAUGUGCAUAAUCUUACAUUUACAUUUAAAACUAAUUUUACAUAUAAAAUUGCUUUUACAUAUAUUCUCAUAAUCGCCUGAUUAUGAGAAUAUAUGUAAAGUUAUUUACACGUUUAUUUUCUAUGCCAAAGAUAUUUAGUUUGUGUAUUUCAAUGUGAUUAUUUUAUACCAAAGAUUUUUGAAGCGGCAGAUACGGACCGUGUGUGGAUAGUGCUAAAUAUUAUGAAAUAAUAUGUAAGCGGCUGAAAGCCAGUAAACAUUUUAGAUAAGUUACAUUCGCCAUCAUAAUACGGGUGGAAUAUUUACUCUUGAGAAAAGCAAAAUGUGAGUCAGUCUCGUCGAAAUAUUUUAGUUUCUACUGCUGCUUAUGACUGCAUGAGAAAUGCAUUAAAAGUUAACAUAAAGAAUAAUUUUAGAAAAUAUAUAGUUAUUUAAACAUUAGAUUAUUUACAUAUAAGGCUUAGUAUAAGUCGAUGGUUAUAUCAUUUGUCACGCGGGCCAAAAAAGGUUGCGAUUUUAUUGUGGAACAUGAAGCGGUUUCCGACGAAUGAGGUCUUAAUGUACCAAACAUCUGAUAGCACAAGCAUAGGAUAAGAUUAGUGGAAAAAAUGUAGAUUUUUGGAAACAUGUUUAGUAGGAUUGUAGUGAAAAAUUUAGGCAAGGUUCCGAUCAGUGAGUGAGACGUUUUUUAAGACAUUUUAUAUCCGCUGAGAUUGCUAGGGACGUAAGGACGAGAAAUAGUAUAAAAAGAAUAAAAUACGAAUAAUAGAGAGGUGUUUUAGUCAUCUUUUUUGGACGUGCAUUAUUUCCCUUCUGAAACCGAGACAAUGCCAAAUUCAGAACCAUAAAAUAACGAAAUCACGAUAAACUUAUUAACUACUGUUAUAAAAAUGGUUGUGUCUAAAUAUUAAUAGAUACACUUUAAUGACUUUGAAAAAAUACCGAAAUGUAGUGAAAAUAUUAGAUUUAUUUAUUGAAUAGGUUGAUAAGUGAAAAGAAAAAAUAUUUAUUGCAUAGAUAUUAAGAUGCAUUUAAUCGUUUACUGUAGCUAGAUAAAAUGGGUAUGUGCGGAUAUGAGAACAGUUUGUUUGGUUUAUCUCUCAAAAUCGACGCGUUGUUGUUCUUUUCUGAAAAAGAGUUUGGCUGAUUGUUGUAUCGUGUUCUUUCGUUUAUUUCUCAACGGAUACAGUCCAUCUGUUUAAUUUUGUGUUUACUUUUGUGUGUGUCCCUCUACAGAGGUAUGUUAGUGUUCUAAAAGAAUAUAAAUUAAAUAAAAACAGUAGUUUACUAAUUGUCUUUUUUGAAACAUUUUGAUGCGGCGGUGUUGCGCCGCUCUAAUUCUAUAUAAUAUUUUGUAAAACAUGUAUUUUAUACAUUAUAUUGACAUAUUUAUCGGUUGACUGUCGUAGUUACUUUCUUUUUACUAUUUAGCGUUAUUGUUUUGAGCAUGUAGUGGAAACUUGAGAGACAUAUCGUUAGUACUUAUAAUAAGAUAUUUAUAUAUUAAAAAUAUAUUAUAUAAUUCAUUUCUAUUAAGGAACGAAUUGUUCAGUCAAUUUUGUCAUUCUGUCAAUCGGAAAAGUGAAAGAAGUGGUAACGUGUUUUAAAUAAUUAGCAAAUACGACUCGAUUAACUGAAGGUAGGGCUUUUCUUAAUUGUUAUAAGAAUAUAUGUCAAUCGUCUAAAGAAUUUUAGAUAAAUACUGAUAUUUGUAUGUUGAAAUUUAAUAAAAUAAAGUCAUGUGCCGUUACAAUGCAAUUACAUUUAUUAGUAUAAUAUUAAGUCCAUUUUAAAAAGCGUCAAUGAUUAUUCGACAGAUGACUACGAGAAAUGAAGUUAAUUAUGAUUAUGAGAAUGAAUUUUGUCAUUAUUUAAAACACGUGCCUACACUGAGGUCGAACCUCGACGAAAAAAUAUACUAUAUCACGAAAAUAUGACAAAACCAUUAGAUAGUCAAAUUUAGUUUUAGUCAACAUAUAAUGAUGCUAGUUCUUAGUAAAUGAAUUAAUUUAUGCCUAUAAUUGCUUGACUUAGUGAAUAAAAUAAGCAUUACAUAUAUAUCCGAGUAGACGUAAGUUAAUAUAAUGAUAAUUUAAACUGCCGACCGUCUCGUGCAUUGGAAAGGAUGCAUUUUCAUCCCAUAGUCCAAAACAGACGAGUCGUUGCCUUUUUCUUGUUGCUAUAUACUUCCUUCAACUAUACAUAUAGAUAAAUGCUAUCUAUUAUAAGAUUACAUAGACAGACGGCUUCGUUGUCUCCAUUAAAUAUAAGCUAGUUAAGAUAUAUUACAAUAUAUUAACAAUCAGGCAGAUUCUCCAUUAUAAAAUGGAGUAUUAAAGUGUUAGCUAGGUGAAAUUGCAAGAUAUAUUAAAGUAUAUUAUAUAUACAAAUUUAUUGUGCAAAAUAACAUAAACAUUAUAUCGUUUAGAUAGGCUAUUGAAAUUUUAAGUGUUGUUUUAGUUUCAUUUAUAUGUAUAAUUCUUACAUUUAUUUUCAUUUUUUGUUGGUCCAUUCCAUUGAAAUUAAGAUAUGAUAUUAUAUAAUUUUAAGUCCCAAACUAUAACACCAAAUAUAUUAUAAUGCUCGACAUUAUAAUAAUAAAACGUAGAAUUGGCUAUAAAUGAAUAAAAAAUCCUUGGAAAAAAAUUAAAAACUUGAAAAUGCCUUAUAGAAAUCCUGUCGUCUAUUAAUUACAUUAUGAUUUUAUCGUAUUGUCACAGCGUGUUAAAAAUUGUAUUUUUCAACUUACUAACAUUUUUAUAUACUCAUUUAUUUUUAAAUCUAACUUCUUUAUGUAAAUGAAACAAUAUUUUUCAUUUAAAUGCAUAAUUAAAUUAAACUACAUUUAAUUUACAUGUAAAUGUAUAAUCGUUUACAUAUAUAAUUUUGUUUUUUUGUUGAAUAUACCAUUUUUGACACAACCAGUGCCAAAUAUUAGGUUUCUUUGGAAGUCAUAUCAAGUCCGUCUCCCCAUUAAAUAUAACACCAAAUUCAGACUUAAUUGCAUAAAUCCUCUAAGGAUGAAACAGUAUGGCCUUCAAUGUGUAUUUAGUGCUUCAAAAAGCACGCGAAGUCAAUUGCAACUGUCGCUACUCGUUUUUAAUGAUAGGGUUGAAAGUAAUGAAUAACAAUCGAACAGUUUCGCCACCAUAAACAGGUUCUAUACGAACAGGAAUGCUGUACGAGGUAUCCUCGUAAAUACAGGAUUUUUGACCUGAGGUACGAGGGUUUUGACCUAUGAUAAUUGGUCAAAAUACUAUGAUGUAUGAGGUUAUAGAACCAAAUUGAGCUAAUGUACGAGAUAGCAGAUUUUUUUAAGCUUAUUAAACCUGGAUACGGGCGUCUUCCAAAAACGAGCAAUCUCGUAACACUUAAAUCAUUAAAACCUAAAUAAUUUGUAGUAAUUCGA